CUACGCCAUCCUCCCCAUCGAGUUCUACUGAACAGAUUCCUUUGCCAUCUACUUCGAUUCCUUUGCCAUCUACUUCGAUUCCUUUACCAUCUACUUCGAUUCCCUUACCAUCUACUUUGAUUCCUUUGAAUUCCGAGUUAGAAGUGAGGCUUUUUUUUGACUUGUAUGCCGAUACUUAUGCUCUUCAUCGUUUUGUAAAAAGUGAAGCUAUCACAUGCUCGUCUUUAGUCGAUUUUCCCACAUUUUCAUUCACACCGACGCCAGCAUUGCCAUCAUCAGCAUCUAUUUCUAGUCCGAUCUCAUCGCCACCUUCGCACCAUGUUUUCCCAAAAGGACCAGUGCCAGGACGCAAAGCUUCACUUCCAAUCACUCUUUCUUCAUUUAAUUUUGGGUAUGAGCCCGUUACUGCUAAGGCUGCUCACGCUGCACACUAUAAGCUCGCUGCCCCAGUGCCAUCGAGAAAGCUUUCAUUGUCAUUGAGCACCAAUUAUGGGCUGUUUAAUUCCAGCCGGUAUCCAUUCAAAUAUAUGGAGUUGAAGCCUCGUGUUGUUAGCCCACCGCUUUCGACAAGAUUGGCAGAGGGAAGCCCCCUGAUGAAUUCAAAUGAUAAUGCUACAUCAAAAAAUCCGUUUCCCUCUUCAUAUCCCACAGGUACAGCAUAUAAUCCGCCAUGUCCGGAUCCCUCUGGAAAUAUAUUCAACUCAAAUAUGAAUGCCCAUCAAGACGGCACUAGUUGUAAAGUAAAUUGCCCUUCAGAGGAUGUUGACCUUGAGCCGUCCUCAAUUGAGAAUACUGCGAAUCCUUUCACUCCAGCACCAGUCUCCACGCCUCAACCUGAUUCGAUUUCCCUGGAAAAUCCAACACAAAAUAUAAAUGGUCCUAUUGACAUAGGACCAUUUUCGACCAGCGAAACCCCUGUAAAUUGCGGUACAGAUAGUAUCGAUGAAAAUUCAUCCGAGUUGCAUAAAACGCCCCGUAUUGCAAGUGAUGAUUGCCUACAAAAGGUUAUAGACGUCGCACAAGGCUCCAACUCGCAUGAUACAUGCCAACGUUUUCCCGCUGAUUCGAUAAAUAAUUGA